AGGAGGAGACGAGGGUGGGGUGGGGUUGGAGGAAGCCGGAAGUGCAUCAGCCCGGGUCCGUCUGGGCGUUGCGGGGAUUGGGGCCUGGGAUCGCUUGGCCCGGGCAGCUGAGAAGCCCGUGACCGGGCGGAGCGGCGCCAUCCCGGCUCUGAGGCCAGCUGACCGAUAGGCUGUGCGCGCCCCGCUGAGGUCGGCGGCCAUCAGUAGCCUCCGCAGAGCUACAGCGGGCGGCCCCGGGCAUGUAUGCCCCUGGAGGCGCAGGGCUGCCGGGAGGGCGCCGGCGGAGGAGCCCGGGAAGCAGCGCUCUGCCCAAGCAGCCGGAGCGGAGCCUGGCUUCGGCCCUGCCUGGCGCCCUGUCCAUCACAGCGCUGUGUACUGCCCUGGCGGAGCCCGCUUGGUUGCACAUCCACGGAGGCACCUGUUCCCGCCAGGAGCUGGGGGUCUCGGACGUGCUGGGCUACGUGCACCCGGAUCUGCUGAAAGAUUUCUGCAUGAAUCCCCAGACAGUUCUGCUCCUGAGGGUCAUUGCUGCCUUCUGCUUCCUGGGCAUCCUGUGUAGUCUCUCUGCAUUCCUUUUGGAUGUCUUUGGACCCAAGCAUCCAGCUCUGAAGAUUACUCGUCGCUAUGCCUUCGCUCACAUCCUCACUGUACUACAGUGUGCUACCGUCAUUGGCUUUUCCUACUGGGCUUCCGAGCUCAUCCUGGCCCAGCAGCAACAGCAUAAGAAGUAUCAUGGCUCCCAAGUCUAUGUCACCUUUGCUGUUAGCUUCUACCUGGUGGCAGGAGCUGGUGGAGCCUCGAUCCUGGCUACUGCAGCCAACCUCCUGCGCCACUAUCCUACAGAGGAAGAAGAGCAAGCGCUGGAGUUACUGUCUGAGAUGGAAGAAAAUGACCCCUACCCAGCAGAGUAUGAAGUCAUCAACCAGUUCCAGCCACCCCCAGCCUACACACCCUAAUGCCAGCCGGGGCUCUCUUCCUCAGCAACCCAUCCCCCAGUGCCACAGCUCCUCUUACACCCAGAAGAGCCACUCUUCCCCCAGCAGGUCUCACUGGUAGGACCCUGACCAUCUUCACCAAACCUCCCCCAGGUGAUACUAUGCCUUUAGGGUUGUCCGUUUGUCCCUGCUCUGCAGAGCUGGGACUCUGAUUUUAUAUAAUGCAGUCUUUCCCCUCCUAGAACCCUCUAUUCCUUUCCUACUCACUAGUUCCUUCCACCCAUGGAUGGUCAGAUAAGUUUCCUCCCUCCGUGAACCACGUCUUUGGGACUGGGACUUUCCUUGGGUUGCUGCUGGUAGUGGACAGUCCCUGAGAGAGGGGUGCCAACAGGGCACAGAGGGAAGGGGACUGUGCCACGUAGAGUCACUUUGCCAGGCCCAGCAUUUGUACCACUUCUGUGCCUGGGCUGACUCCCUCAUUCCUUCUAGAGUGCCCUAGGCCCAGCCGUCCACUUUGUGGAUUCUCUGCACUUUAGUCUCUGGGCCACUCCUCAUGUGUGUUCUGGGUUUCUGGAGAGAAGGAAUUGCUGUUGGGGAGCAGAACGGCUGCUCUCCUGCCCUGUUCUGGCUUCUUGUGGUUGGAGCCAGGCAAGGAAGCAGAACCAGGCAAGAGACUGAUCCUGUCAAGGACCCCAGUGAAGGGGACUGAGUGCCUCAGUCCUUUCACUUUUUAAUGUGAGUGGUUUUAAAAGGAAAAAACAAAACAAAACAAAACCAAGCAAGAGCAGCCAUGCUCUCUUUCUAAAACAGGGAUACGGCUGCUGUUGUUCAGAAAUGGAGCCCAUCCCUUAUGGCUCUGCAAUAUUUUGGACCAUAGCUCCCUCUAAGCCUAUAGUCACUCCUUCCAGUUUCUCCAACAGAAUGCAGGCUUUCUGUCCUGGCUCCUUCUUCCAGGCAGCUGUGGCUCCCUGGGGCCGUUCUGUGGAACUAGGGCCACAUGGCCCCUGCGGGGCUGAGAACUAUGGCCUGGCUGGCUGGCCAGCGUGGUGCUCCUCAGAACUGUGGCACUGAGAUGUAACCUGGCCUCAGUUCAGGCACAGGGGCUAAGCAGGGCAGGACCCUCCACUCUCCACAAUAGUACUCCCCCCAGAGGCCCAUCAGGUUGGUGCCAGGACCCUGUCAGAUGUGCAGGCCUGCCUGUAGCCUUCAGAGUCAGUGUGUCCCCUAGCUUGUGACUUGGGGCUACAGCUUGCUGCAUGGCCCUCUCCCCUUCUGGAAUGUAUGCUGGCCUUGCGGUGUGCUACUGGGCUGUUACUCUUAACUAUUCUGUUUGCCUUGGGUCCAAUUUUAUUGUUUAUUUGUUUAUUUUGUUGUUUUACCUGGAGACCUGGGGUAUAAGGUUGAUGGGAUUUGAAAGGACUGCAGCUUGGAUCCAGAUAGGCAAGCUGUUCUUGUUCAUUUAUGAGCUUCUUUGGAGUGAGAGUCUAGUGCUAGCUGAAAGGGAGAUGAAUUCCAAUCUCUCACCCUUAAGACAACAGACAUUUUGAGCAAGAAUGGAGACUGAAUACAGUCACUGAACUGUGAUAACAAGAAGACUGUCACCUCCCCAUUCUUUGGUCAGAAAGAGUGGGGAAUAUGUGGACAAAUGCCUGUGCAGAUGAAGACCAAGUGUGCCCAUAAGAAAGCAUCUGCUUGGAGUUCCCUGCUGUGACGCCAAAGUGUGCCCCAGUGUGACUCUCAUUCUUCCAGACCCUUCUCUGAGGCAAGAAAAGCUGCCAGGUAAUGCCUGAGCACAAAGUCAAAGAGCUAAUUAAGACUACCUUGCUGUGAAGUCCUGAGCUUACCAUUGGCAGGUUUUGAAAUGUGUGGCCAGCUCUCUCUAACAUUGCAUCUGAGGGAACAGGCCAGAAGACCAGGCACCAAACAUGCAUGCCAAAGUGAAUGAGGACUCGACCCUGUGGACUGUUCCUUGUGAUUUGGAACCCACUUUUUAUUAGAUUUCAUUUCCUCUGGCCUUUCUUUCUCUUAUCUCUGCCAUUCUACACUGAUAGUUUGUCAUAUAAAUUCCUCUGGUUGUGUUUUUCUUUUCUAGGAAAAAAAUUAAAAGACAAAACAAAAACCAGGAACUACAAAUGCGAACACAAA